GCGUCGGCCAUGAGGCGGCCGAACGUGCUGAUCACCGGCACGCCUGGAGUUGGAAAAACGACACUGGGAAAGGAGCUGGCAUCCAGAGCAGGACUGAGCUAUGUCAACGUGGGGGACCUGGCCAGGGAAGGAGAGCUGUAUGAAGGCUUUGAUGAGGAGUACGACUGCCCCAUUUUGGAUGAAGACAGGGUAAGCCCAGCUCCUAGAGCCACCCCUGCUGUGUUUUGGCCAUGCAGUGCCAGUCAGUCUGCCCUGUGUGUUGUGGUGCAGGUGGUGGAUGAGCUGGAGGACAGGAUGAGCGAGGGGGGGGUGAUUGUGGAUUACCACGGCUGCGACUUCUUCCCCGAGCGCUGGUUCCACAUCGUGUUUGUGCUUCGCACGGAGAACUCGUGUCUGUAUGACAGGCUGGAGAGCAGGGGCUACACAGGGAAGAAGCUGCAGGACAACAUUCAGUGUGAAAUUUUUCAGACUCUAUAUGAGGAAGCUGUGUUGUCAUAUAAAAAGGAAAUUGUACACCAGUUACCCAGCAACACUCCAGAGGACCUAGAGAGAAAUUUGGAUCAGAUUAUGCAAUGGAUUGAGCAAUGGAUGAAGGACAACAACUGACUUUUGGUGUAACAGUAACUGCUGGAUCUCUUGGGAGGCAUGGUUUAAUAAAUUCAUAGUUUUUGUAUUAUAAAUGACCAUAAACGUUGUUGUAACUGGCUGGGGAGUAGAAGGAGGUUCGGAGUAGCCAGGUUGUGAGGAUUUGUAACAGCACCUUGAGAGACAACAGGAGAACUGAUACAAGUGACUGAAAGAAUGAAAAUGAGGCGGUUGCCCUGAGUAGCAGGAGCUGUGUUCAGUACCUGAGAAUUCCUUGGACCUUACAAAUAAAGCCAAACCAUUAAUUCCCUGCAAGAAAACUGUAAAAUCUUGAUAACAGAUGGCAGUUGAGGCACUUUUGAUUUCCAGAGGGUGGAGCAGUGUCCUGAAAAUGAGUUGAUGCUGAGCUGUGGGAUCAAAACCUGCUGUGCUCCACUGUGUAAUGCAGGGUGAUGCAGAGUGAGAGGGUUUGGUACAGGUUGAA